UGUCAGUUUACUCAUUCUUCAUCCAUUUCCUUUCUAGCUCAGGCCACCCCUCCGUCGUCGGCCGCCGCGCCGCUGCCGGCUUACGAUUAGCUGAUUUUAUUAUAAUUUCAAUCAAUACCGAUAAUCGCUUGAACUAUUUUCCCCCUUAUCGAUUGCCAUGUAUUCCUCUCGAGGGAACAAUCCCUACGGUCAACAGCAACCCUAUUCAUCGCAAUCUUCCUACGGCGCUCAGAACCUGGGUGCUUCGGCGAUUCUAGGAGGGCGUCCGCAGGAAUCGGAAUUUGGCGGGCUUAGGGCUCAUGGUCAUGUGCACGGGCAUUCGUCGGCUGCCGCGGCUGCUGCAGGGUCGCCGCAGCAGCAGCAUUAUGGUGGGCAGUACAAUUCAGUCUAUGGUUCUGCCGCGCAACAGAUUUCUCCAAUGGGCAAAGGAUCUGUUAGCACAACAUUAGAAAGCCGAGGUAAUUAUGGGUCUUCCAUCCCAGACUCUCCUAAAUUUGGCACUGCUUAUGUCCCGUCGUCGAGCCGUGGGUAUGGUCAGAAAGUUGAUCAGUUUCUAUCUGAAUAUCCAUCAAUUGAAAGGCGCCCGUAUGCUGAACGGCAUAGUGCAUAUCUGGGGACAGAUUUGCCCAGUGAAACCCUCAGUAGAUAUGUCGAUCCUGUUUCUUUUGGAAAUGAACAUCAGUCUAAGAUGUACGAUCAUGUGGAGCAAGCAACAAUGCUUAGGCAAGAACAGGUGCUAAAGGCUCGUGGACUACAAUCUGCUUCUGUUGAAGGAGGACCUAGACAAGCGGAUUAUCUUGCAGCAAGGGCCUCUGUUCGUCAUCCUGGCCAAGAUCCCAUUUCCUAUGGUGGGAGGAUUGACCCUGAUUUACGUGAUCUUUCGAUGGUGAACCCGUAUGGUGGACAGCAGACUGCUUCAAUUUUGGGUGCAGCUCCUCGUGGAAUUGCAGAUGAUCUCAUCUAUGGCCAAAGCUCUUCAAAUCCUGGCUAUGGUGUGAGCUUGCCUCCCGGUAGAGACUAUGGAGCUGGAAAGGGACUUCAUCGCUCACCGCUUCAAUCAGAUUAUCCCAGUGGUACAUUGGGACGCGCAGCUCACCACAGACUUGAUGAUCGAAAUGAUGAGAGGGGCACAUAUGGUCGAGAGCUGGAAUUAAGGGAGGACAGGGAUUUUUUGCGUGAGCGAGAAAAAGAUAGAGAACGAGAGAAGGAACGACUACGAGAUCGUGAACGUGAACGAGAACGUGAAAGAGAACGCGACAGGGAACGUGAUAGAGAGCGUCUGAGGGAGCGCGACAGAGAACGUGAAAGGGAGCGCGAAAGAGAACGUGAAAGAGAAAGGGAGCGGAGGGACAAGGAGAAAGACCGGCCACACAAACGUGGACUUGAAUUGAGGCGUGAACCUACUCCCCCUAGGGUCUCCAGGGACCGUCGUGGUCCUUCUCUUACAAAGGAUGCCAGAUCUCAGCGGCGGGAAUCCCCACGUCGUGAAGUGCUGAAUAGGCUUCAUUCUCCUGUUAAAGAAAAGAGGAGAGAAUAUUCGUGCAAGGUUUUUUCAUUUAGCUUUAUAGAACCUGAGAGAGAUUAUUUAUCAUUGGACAAACGAUACCCACGACUAUAUAUAUCUCCAGAAUGCUCCAAGGUACUUGUACAUUGGCCCAAGCAAAAUCUGCAGCUCCCAUUUUCAACUCCUGUGAGCUUUGAGCAUGACUUUGUUGAAGAUGAGAGUCCUGUUGAGAAGAAAGAACUACUUUCCCCACCGCUGAUUUCUGACAUGGCAAAGGAAGGAGGCCAAACUACUACCUGGAAUGCCAAGAUUCUCUUGAUGAGUGGUCUUAGCCAAAAUGCUCAGGCAGAUCUGUCAUCUGAAAAGACCCAAGGCGACCGCAUCCCCCAUUUAUGCAAUAUUCUUAGAUUUGCUGUUCUAAAAAAGAAUAGUUCUUUGAUGGCCAUUGGUGGGGCAUGGGAUACAGUUGAUGGAGGGGAUCCAUCAGUUGAUGACACCUCUUUAAUACGAACAGCACAGAGGUAUGCAAAGGAUGUGGCGAAUCUUGAUUUGAGCAACUGUAAGCGCUGGAACCGUUUCCUGGAGAUUCAUUACGACAGAGUUGGAAAGGAUGGACUCUUCAGCCACAGAGAAGUGACUGUGUUGUAUGUUCCAGAUAUUUCUGACUGCCUUCCUUCCCUAGAGUCGUGGCGUGAUCAGUGGGUUAGCCACAAAAGAGCUGUUGCUGAAAGAGACCGACAGCUAAAUUUGAAGAAAGAGAAAUCUGCACAAAAAGAUGAUGUAGCAAAAGAUAAAAAGAAAGCUGUACUUGUUAAAACUGGGACGACAAAAGUUGGACAAGCUGGAGCUGAUAGCUCAAAGGUUAAAGAUACUCAAAAACCAAAAGCUGAAGAAAAGUUGGUUUCCCAAGAGGGGAAGGAGAAAGAGAAACACGUUGAAAUUACAGAUGCAGUUGGAAGCACUGAGGACGUGAAAGAUGUAAAGACUGAUACAGUGGCAGGUACAAGUGAGCAGAAGGCAGUGGGUGCUAAGACUGGAAAAAAGAAAAUUAUUAAAAGGAUUGUCAAGAAAAAAGUUGCUGCCAAAAAAGAAAUCACAGAAGAUCCUACUAAGAAGAGUGAUGUACCAGACAAAGAGGAGGUAGGUGCUACUAGCAUUAUAUCAGAUGUUGAUGGGCAAAAGGAUGGCUUAUCAUCCGAUCUUCCUAUCAAAACAUUUAUAAGGAAAAGAAUUGUAAAAAAGGCAACAGGCACUGCCCCGGAACAGGAUGAAUGUACAACUCCUGAGGUGAAGACUGCCGGUGAAUCUGAGGGAGCUGAGGACAAUGCAAAGGUUAAAUUAGAAGCAGGAACCAGUAAAGUGGUUGAAGAGAGUGGCAAGAAGAAAAUUGUAAAGAGAAAAGUAAUAAAAAGGGUUCCUAAGAAAAAAGCUGUCCCAUCUGAUGCUGAAAAUAAGGUGGCUGAAGAUGAUGCUAAAAAGAUUAUUCAGACUGAACAGAUUAAGGAGGAAGAGGGUGGACAGGCGGAAGAAAACGAAAAGAAUGAGGUCGUAACCAAAGAUAAUAACAAUCCCAGUGUAAAACCAACUGCUUCUCCUGAGAAGCAACAGCAGCAGGUAGAGGAGAAAGGAGACAGUAAAGACUUACCUGGUUCUACAAUGGAGGCCACUAGCGUCCAUCAGAAAGUGUCUCAGAGUGACGAUGCUACAAAAUCGAAUGGUAAGCAAGAGCAGAAGGAUGACAGAGAGAGAAUAGAUGAUCCCGAGAAAAAGGAAUCUAAAGCUACUAAAGUGGUAAAAGAGAAAAGGAAGACUGAUGAACUACCUCGGUACCCAGGGGUGAUUCUUCAGACAAAGGGGAACAAAGAUUCGAAACUCCGGUCAGUGUCACUUUCUCUUGAUUCACUCCUCGAUUACAGUAAUAAGGAGCUUGAAGAAUCAAAUUUUGAGCUAUCACUGUUUGCGGAGUCCUUUAAUGAGAUGCUUCAAUAUGAAAUGGGCUGCCGUCUUUGGAAUUUCCUUCAGAAGUUGAGGGCUAAAUUUGUGAUGAAGAGAAAACAAGGCAAGAGAGAGAGAGAAGAAGCUUCUAAGAAGGAGAAUGAGGAGGGCUCAGCAAUGAAGCGUGCUAAGACAGUUAAGGAUGUUGAAGACAUCAAACCAACCAAAAUUGAGAGUAAAGAUGAUGCUUGCCAAGAAGAGAGCAAUGUUGUUAAGGAAGAGUCUACUGCUACCCAAAUGGUUGUUGAUCCGAAGAUUGAAGCUGAAAGUGACGAGGAAGAUCCCGAAGAAGAACCUGAGGAGGAUGUAGAAAUGCAGGAUACAACCCAUAAUCGUGUUCCUUCUGAGGAGAAAGAACCCAAAGCAGAAAAGAUGGACAGUGAAGCUGUAGGCGAUACUGCUGGGAAUGAACAGAAUAAAAUGCAAGAAACUGCAGGUCAAACUCCAGAGACACCUAUCAAUCAUGAUAUAAAUGAUAAAAACAAGGCCGUAAAGGGGGAAUCAGAGGCAAAAGUAACCAAGGGUGCUAUUGACAAAGAACUGCUGCAGGCUUUCAGGUUUUUUGACCGGAAUCGCGUUGGACACAUUAGGGUCGAAGAUCUGAGGGUAAUUAUCCACAACUUAGGGAAGUUCCUCUCGAACCGGGACGUCAAGGAACUGGUGCAAAGUGCGCUAUUGGAGAGCAAUACAGGCCGGGACGACCGGAUUCUGUACGAAAAGUUGGUGAAGAUAUCUGGUCUUUGAAUUUUUUUUAUAUACUGGGCAGAUUGUUAGAUUCUAUUAGUUUCAAUUUCUUUUGACAUUAGAAACGUUUCUAUUUCUGUAUGAAAUAUUUUUUCCCCUCUUCCCUUAGUACUUUUCAUGGUAACGGGAGUGAAAUAACCUUACAAAAUAUAAUUAUUGUUAUUA